AGACUGCGUCUGUUAGCGACUAUCGAAAGAAAGAUUCGGAUAUGUUUUCUUUUAUGUAGGAAGUAAUCUUGGUUUAACUAACACAUCACCGGGACCAGACGAUCGUGGUCAACGUUAUCUUUAUGGUACCCAAGGAUCUACUCUAGCAUCAAUGACUCAGAUGAUUUGUAUACCUUCCUUGUCACCAUAUAUCAUUAAUCAAACAUUGUCAUAUAAUUUCUCUGGUUAGCUUGGCGGAUAUGGCACUGAAGGGGAUAUGUCAAUACUCAUGAUAAUGUUUGUUGAUGCAAGCGAUAAUGUUGAUUACACUACUGAUUUCAAUUAUGUACAAGGUCCCGACGCAGCUGCCCGACUUAAUAUCACGUCAUUGCAGUUCAGCAGUGUGACGGGACGCGUACCUUUAGGCACAGUUUAUGUGGUUUUGAAAGUAGUUUCGUUUCAACAGGUUGGUCCAUACGUCGAUGGUUAUGCAGACCAAAUUAGUUUUGUGCUUUCACAAGGAUAA